AUGUCCGGAACCAUGGGUGACUCCACGCGUGCCCGACUAGCCGGUGCCAUUCGCUCGGCCAACGCCGGCGGAGGUGUUUCGGCUGGCGACCGUGCGGCCGGUGUUUACGUGGGCGGCUAUGCGGGCGGGAUGGGUGGAACCUGGUCCAAGGCUCCCACCAACCGCGGUGUUGAUCCCAUGCGGGCGGGUGAGGCCGGUGGCGGCGCGGGCGCGGGAGCAGCACCUGGUCCUGGAAGCUCGUGGCAGGGAGCCGAUUGGGACCCGCAAGACGCCCGCAGCCUCUUCCAUAUACUGGCGCCUAGAGACGUUUGCCGCGCGUCGCCAUCGUUCAGCUCUACGCUCAGUCGCUCCCACGGCCAAAGGGAGCGCAUCCGGCCCGCAAGCCAGGGGGCUAAGAACGCCUGGGAUGAGCUGCCGCGGAAGGAUCUGCCCAGGGCACCACCGCAUGGAGUCACAACCAAACAGAUCAAGCCCGCCUCCGCCACUUUGGCCGGCGGCAAGACCACCAAGCCGUUAUCUGGCAUCGGAAUGGACCUCAAGUCGCCGGGGCUGGGGCAGAUGGAGGCGAUAGGGGGCGCCGUGGGGGGGGCUGCAGCCCGAGGGGGUGGGGNGUGGAGCGGUGUUGUCGGCGGCGGCGCCGACCUGAGUGACGCGAGUAUGGCCAUGUUGGAGGACCAGAUCCGGGAUGCCUUGAGGGCGCGCCGUUCAGUGUACGAGGACAGCAAGGCCGUACUGCUGAAGAUGUUCAAGUCUGUGGACGACGGCAGCGGCGAUGUGAGCUGGGAGGAGUUUUGCGCCAUGUGCGGGCAGCUGGGGGUCGAGUGCGGUGUGGCGGAGGCGCAGCGCCUGUUUGAGAGGUUCGGUUACAAGGACAGAUUGCCGUACAACCGUUUUGCCAACAUUUUGCUGACGCAGCCCAGCCGGCAGUUGGCGGAGGAGAUGCCGAGCUUGGCGGCAGCGCCCGGGCCGGGUCCCGAGAUCCGCCACGGUCCCUUCAAGGACGUCAUGGCCGCCAACUUCCACGGCAAGAUCAAGGACAAGCGGUGCAGGAAGCCCCUCUACACACCCACCAACUGGGACCCGCAGCUGGAUGGCGCGAGGUCUGCGGAGCUGCCCAACAAGCGACUCGUGCUGAAUUUCGUGUACGGAUACAACGGCAAGGAUGCCACCAGUCAGAACCUGUUCUACAACGCCGCUGGCCAGGUGGUCUACUUCACUGCGGGGCUGGGGGUCGUGUACACCCGGAGGACAGGCACAGCCCCACAGCCUGCGUCCGCCAGUGCUGCUGCUGCCGCCGAUUCCUCUGUCGCCGCUGGCGGCGGUGGCGGUGGCGGAGGCCACAGUCAACACUUUUUCCUCGGUCACACGGACGACAUAAAGGCGCUGGCGCUGUGCCCCGCAGAGGUGACCAGUCACGAGGAGGGUCCGUACAUUUGUGUUUGGGACAGCCGGGUGGGCUCCCAGCAGGGUGAGCCCCAGCUGGUCCGGCUGUCCUUCAGGAAGGAGGACCGUGGCUUCUCAGCGCUGGGAUUCUCGCAUGACGGCGUGUACUUGGCGGCCGUGGCGUGCGACAACUCCAACACGGUGUAUGUGUACGACUGGAGGAGGAGUCGACAGGACGGUUCGGGCAAGGGGCAGAUGGGGGACCCGCCGCAGGUGUACGGCAUAGAGUGGAAUCCGUACGCUGGAGACCGCCACUCGGCGUUACCACCUGCUUUCCUCACCUUUGGCAAAAAGCACAUCAAGAUGUGGUCUCGGAGCGAUACGGGUCAGUGGGCCGCCAAGCAGCUGAGCACGGGGCGACUGGACAUGCAGAACGUGCACAGCGCUGCAUGGCUGCCACCCAAGGAGGGGCCGGGGGGGGAGUGCUUGGUGGUGGCGGGCAUGGCAGAUGGGCAGCUGUACAUAUUCAAGGGCUCCACCGCGGUCAAGUCCAUAGCUGCUCACGCUAAGGGCCCCCAGUCCAUCCAGCCUGAUGGCCACGUGGCGUACACCGGGGUGCGGGGGAUGAGGCUGGCGGAGGGGAGGGACCCGGCCACGGGGGCACCCACCGGCAAGAGGGUGCUGCUGACAGGCGGUGCCGACAGCACCAUCCUUCGUUGGGACGUGUCCGACGGCUCGCUGGCGGAGGGGCGCUUCGCCGGGCCCCCGCUGCUGCUGCGCUCGUCCCUGCCGGACCGGGGCCAUGCCGUACGGUCCCUGGACUACGACCCUAUCCGGGGGGUGGUGCUGGUGGGGACCAACCAGUGCAACGUGAUGGAGACGAUUCUGGUGUACGGGCACUGCGACGACGUGUGGGCGGUGGCCUUCCACCCCGCCCGGCCCACCCGCGCCGCCACCGUAUCCGACAAGGUGGUCAGCCUGUGGGACCUGGGGGGGGAGGAGCGCUCCCUGGAGCGGUGCAGCGUGGUGGGGUUUGCGGCCCGGGCGGUGGCCUUCUCCACGCGGCCGCUUGAGGCGGACGGGAGCACGUACCACGUUGCGGUGGGGGGAGCGAAGGGUGACCUCAUGAUUCUUCUGGAUUCCAGUCUCCAGCCCGUUCACAAGACCAAGGAUAGCCGGGAGGGGAUCACGGACCUCAAGUACUCCCCGGACUGCCGCCUGCUGGCAGCCGCAACCGCAGAUACCUGGAUAGACGUCUACUCGGUGGCCAAGGGCUACACGCGCCUGACCCGCUGCAGCGGCCACUCCUCAACGGUACGGGGAAUUGACUGGAGUACGGAUGGAUCUGUACUGCAAAGCGACUCGGCGGAUCUGGAGCUGCUGGUGUGGAACGCCAGGACGGGCAAGCAGAUCCCCAUCCCCGCGCGCGACGUGCAGUUCUCCACGUACACGGUGCGCCUGGGCUUUCCCGUCAUGGGCAUCUGGCCCGACGGCGCCGACGGCACCGACGUCAACGGCCUGGACCGCUCCCGCCGCGGCGACGUGGUGGCCACCUGCGACGACGACGGCAUGGUGAAGCUCUUCAACUGCCCCUGCGUACUGGAUGACGCACCGCACCGGGCGUACCGGGGCCACAGCAGCCACGUGUUGGGGGUGCGAUUCAACUGCGACGACAGCUUGCUGGUUUCCGUUGGUGGUUACGACUGGGCCAUGUUUCAGUUCAAUGUGGUGGAGCUGGCCCCCAUGGACCACGGACCCUACCUGCCUCAGAAGGUGUGGGGAGCGCUGGAUCCGGAAGGUCGGUCGUUCGGCUGGACGUACACGCCGUACGACGUCACGCCGGACGCCGGCAGCAGCGCUCCGCAGGCACCGCCGCCGCUGCCAUCGGGCACGCCGCCAAGUCACGAGGUGACGCCGGCGGGCGGGGGAGUGGUGACGGCGACAGCGGAGGCUGCGGAGGCGGUCGAGGACGACUUGCCGGUGGAGGAGGAGGAGAUUGCGCCGGGUGGCAAUGGCGACUUUUGA